CCGCAGGGCGCUGAUUCGGUGUUAGGUGCCAGCAGGGAGCCGCCGCCGCUGGUGGUUGAAGCUGCUGGGGCAGCCGGUCCUUGCUCCCGGGAGCCGUCCCGGGGCCUCGACCUCCAGCCCCGCGCGAGCAGCAGCAUAAGGGGUGGCAGGAUGAACGUGGGCACGGCGCACAGCGAGGUGAACCCCAACACACGGGUGAUGAACAGCCGCGGCAUCUGGCUGUCCUAUGUGCUGGCCAUCGGGCUCCUCCACGUUGUGCUGCUCAGCAUCCCCUUCGUGAGCGUCCCUGUUGUCUGGACCCUCACCAACCUCAUCCACAACAUGGGCAUGUACAUCUUCUUGCACACAGUGAAAGGGACCCCCUUCGAGACCCCGGACCAGGGCAAAGCCAGGUUGCUGACCCACUGGGAGCAGAUGGACUACGGGGUCCAGUUCACGGCCUCUCGGAAGUUUCUGACCAUCACACCCAUUGUGCUGUACUUCCUCACCAGCUUCUACACCAAGUACGACCAGGUCCACUUCGUCCUCAACACCGUGUCCCUGAUGAGCGUGCUCAUCCCCAAGCUGCCCCAGCUGCACGGAGUGCGCAUUUUUGGCAUCAAUAAGUACUGAGCCGGCAGGGACGGGCGGAUGCGUUGCUGCGAUGCUGAAGACCGACCCGGAAGCUGCGGAGCCAGGGCUCCUCCCGGCCUAGUUUCUGGCGCUUCCCCAGUAGCGACUUGGAUAGCUUGUAGCAGGGUUGACGUGGGCCCCCUGGCGCUAACCCGUUCUGAAUUUUUCGAUCUUUUCUUUUUGCCUUUUGAGUAGAGACUCCAUGGGGUGGUCAGGGAAGGGGCUGGGCUCCAGCUGACGGCACACUGCGAGGUUGGGACCGAGGCUGAGGAGGACCCUGCUCACUUGUUUACCCAAAGCACUUUACCCCUGCACAGGCAGCGAGGGACUGAACGGUACGCUUCUCCAUUGUCUCCAUUGGUUUCAGUCUUGGGGGCACGCAGUGUUUUUGUACAGAUCGCAGGAAAUGGUGGUGGUGCCUGACCUGCCUCACAAGAGCCUCAGGCUCUGCAGCUCCCCUGCAGCCUGCUGGGGCACGGGUGGCCGUCCAGGUGGCCGUCCGACCUGGUGGAGGCUGGGAGAGGAAGCGGGCUGUUGGGUGUUUGAUGAGUGUAGAGGGCUUGAGUGAGGAGCUGGACCCAGCGUCCUCUUCUAGCUGUGGUUGGGAGGGCCUUGUUUCUCCUGUGGAGUGGAGGUGGAGUGGGUCGGGGGCUGCUGUGGGCCUGGAGGCUCCCCAGUUGAGAGGCCGAGCAGCCAUGGAUGCCAGGUCCUGUGGGGUCCCCCCCUCUGAUGGUGUGAGGGGUGUGGGGGUGGGAAGCUGCAGCAGAAAGGCUGGGCAGUGGGGCCUCUGCUCCUGUGGGCACUCGCUGGGGCAGGGAGCCACUACACACCGGGGUUGCUGGUCCACAGUACUCUGCCCUAGCAGGGUGAGGGAGAAGCAUGGAGUGGCCCAAGAAGUGUGGAGUGGCCCGGGGCGCCAUCCCCUUACCGAGUAGGAGCCUGAGCCUGAGCCUGGGCUGGGCAGGAACUGGCUGCAGGGGCUGUGAGGAGCAGGGCCUGAGCGAGGAGGGCAGCCACUCACUCUGGCUUUGCCUCCUGCCCUCCCCUGCCCCCCAUGCAUCCUAGGGAACUUUCACCUUAAAAUCUUUCUAAGCAAAGUGUGAAUAGGAUUUUUACACCCUUUGUACAGUAUUCUGAGAAAUGCAAAUAAAGGACAACAUGUUCCUGUU